AUGUCGUCCAAGAGUGUGAUUAGAAGCCAGCAGCAGCAUAAGGUGUUCAUUGCCAGUUCUGACGACACAAAAAUAUGUGUUGUCAUGGUGGGCCUUCCGGCCCGAGGCAAGAGUCUUAUUGCCGGCAAGGCGAUGCGUUAUCUUGGCUGGGUUGGCAUUCCCGCACGGGUUUUCAACGUUGGUGGCUAUCGCCGAUUCAACACUCCCCAGCCAGAGGCUACCUUCUUUGAUCCUCACAACGAGGAAGGUGAGCGCAUGCGUCGCGCUGCAGCCGAGGCGGCCAUGUCGGACAUGAUCCAGUGGUUCAACACCGGCAAGGGUGUAGUUGCCAUUCUGGAUGCCACCAACUCGACCAAGGAGCGUCGCAACUGGAUCUAUGAGAAGUGUCACGAGGCUGAUAUCGAGGCUCUCUUUGUGGAGUCUAUCUGCGAUGAUGAAGACUUGAUCAUGACCAACAUCAAGGAAGUUAAGACUACAUCUCCGGAUUAUAAGGGUCAAGAUCCUGAAGUCGCAGCUCUGGAUUUCCGCAAUCGCAUUCGCAACUAUGAAAAGGUUUACGAGACGAUUGACGAUAACGAGAAGCAUUAUACUUAUGUCAAGCUCAUCAACGUUGGAUCAACGGUCAUCAUCAACCAGAUCAAGGAUUACUUAUCCAGUCGACUGGUCUAUUACAUUCAGAACCUUCACAUCAAGCCUCGUUCAAUUUGGCUAUCAAGGCACGGCGAGUCCGAGUUCAAUUUGACAGGUCGGAUUGGUGGAGAUUCUAAUAUCUCCGAGCGAGGCGAGGCUUAUGCCCGCGCACUGCCCGAGCUACUGCGCAAGUCGGGAGUCCCUGACAACACCAAGAUCGUCAUCUGGACCUCAACCCUGCGCCGCACCAUUCAGACGGCCCGCCACCUCAAGUCAGAGACCGGCUAUGAGAAACUGGAGUGGAAAGCUUUGGACGAAUUAGACUCUGGCGUUUGCGACGGUUUGACUUACGAGCAAAUCGCCGAGAAGUACCCAGAAGACUUCGCUGCCCGAGACGAAGACAAGUACAACUAUCGCUACCGUGGAGGCGAGUCCUACCGCGACGUUGUCAUUCGCCUAGAGCCCAUCAUCAUGGAACUGGAGCGCAGCGAGAACGUCAUUAUUGUCACCCACCAAGCUGUGCUCCGUUGUAUCUACGCCUACUUCAUGAACGUGCCCCAGGAACAGAGCCCGUGGAUGGAGGUGCCAUUGCACACUCUUAUCAAGCUUACUCCACGUGCAUAUGGCACCGAGGAGCAACGCUUCAAGGCGGAUAUCCCUGCUGUUUCCACCUGGCGUGGUAAGGGGACAUCUGCUAAGCAUCAGGACUUCCCUGCGGAGAAGGGCACAGAGACUAAACAUUAG